GUCGUUUCCGGUCCGCUCUGCUGCGCUUUUGGGCCCAUUCCGUGUUCUCCUCUGUCCCCUUCAUUUUCCGUGUCUCCCACGGCCCCCUUCAAUUUCCAGUCACCGCCUGCCCUUUUCAGAGGCCGAAACGAAAUGAUGGCCGCCGAUCAGAUUUAUCAAUGGCAGUCGUCGCCGGGCCCGACCUCCCAAAAUUCAGGCGAUUGGGAAAACAGCCAGUUUUCCCUAUUUUCCCACACGGGAAAGGUACUAGUGGUUUAACGUCUGUCAAGGGGGUACUGACUGUCACUGUAUGAUCUGUCGGCUCGUCGAUGUGCACUCACUCUCCUUCCGUUCCGUGGUUUCAUGAGAACAUGUGCGUUUAUCCUAAUGAGGCGUCCUGGGUUCGAUGUUUCUCGACCUCUUCCGACAUAGCAUUUUGAGGUAUUCUUCUUGAUGGGGAAACGGGGGCCCCAAGGAACUCCCUUUCUCUGUAUUCUGGGUGGUCACCCGUGAGAAAAUGAAUAAGAGGUGUGUGCGAUGGAUUGGUUCCAUGGUUGUCUGUCGCGUUCUUUGGCCGGAGGGGGAGGGGAGAAGGGGGUUGAGACGUACUUCUGUCGGAGUGAUGCCUCUCUCGUCAGCUCGCGCCAUCAAUAUGACCAACUGCCGGCUUGCUUAGCCUCUCCUGUCUGCCUUCUGCAUACCUCCGUCUCUCUGUGUCUGUAUUUCCCAUCCGAAUUUGUCUCUGUGUGUCCUUUGUGCGUCUGAGUCCAUUUUGUGUCUACCUUUGUCUGCCCCCCCCCCGCCUGGUUGCCUCUGUUUCCCCCCACUUUCCCCUCUGAGAGACUCUUUCCCCUCUCUUUCCCCUUACUUCUCCCUCUUUCCCCACUUUUUCUCCUCGCGGUCUCUCCCGCAGUCUAUCUGUUGUUGAGCCUGUCUUAUUCUGAUCCGCAAGGCCAUCGAAGGAGGAGGACGUGUUGCAGCAUCUUCAAAAGUUGGGUCGCGGAAGAGUGGAUGUCUUGGUGUAUUGUCAGCCAUAGAAUGGGCUGCCUCUUGAAUGGGUGUGAUGGCCAUGGUAACAGAUACGGUGUUAUGACAACGGGUGACGAUGGGCGGUGCUACGGUGUUAUGACAGCGGGUGCCGAUGGGCGGUGCUACGGUGUUAUGACAAUUGGUGCUGACGGGCGGCGCUUGUUGUCUGUGGUUAUGUCAUGGUAUAGCGAACUGUGUGGUUUGUGGAGGGGGAGGAGGACCAAGACUGGGAGCACCGUUGUCGGCGGUGUCAGGAUGGUGGUGCCCAAGGAUAAUGAAGGUAGGAGGAUGGUUUGCGCCAUGGCACAGAUGCCUCCGCUUCGCCGUGUGCUACGACAAAAGACGGACAGAUUUUCUUCCCAGGCUCUUCCGACUCUGCUCACUGCGUGUUGAGGGAGGAGGUGGUUGGUUCCGUUCAUGGCGGGAGUGGAGUAUCAAUCAUAUGGUGUCCGUGCUUGAUUCUUCCUUUUUUGACGGGGCAAGAUUGCAGAAAGAGCGGGAGUAGUGCUAAUGAUCGACAUUUCAUAUCACUGCUAGUAUUGAUUAGUUCUUUCCUUACUGGUUGUUCUUUGGUGGUGACUUGUGGAAGCUCAGGCAGGUAGCUAGCACGUGGAGAUGACUGGUGCCGCUCCUAGAAACAGCAGUGGAAGUUUAUUUUGUGUGUACUGUAAAGGAGGGUGUGCACGCGUGCAGGUGUGUUAGGGGGGGGGAAAGGGGGGGGGGGGGGGGGGAAGUGGGGGCAUGUGUGUGACCAGGCCUCCUAUCCCCCAUGUUUCAGUUUAGUUGUUCAUAUGAUCUGAAUAACACAAUUAAUAUAAAUCCAGAAAUUCCCAGACUGGGGAUGCAACCAUGGCAAAAAAAGGAGGGGGGUGGGGGGGGGGAGGGCAAGAGAGAGAGAGGUAGCGGGAGAGGGACAGAGAGCUGACUGGGGAGGUAGAUGAGGAGCUGCCUGUAGAAAGGCGGCAUGAAGGAAUGUAAAGGUUAUAGGAGAGGUGGGGGGAAACGAGGAAAGAUGGGGGAAAUGGAAUAAAAGGACAGGAGGGGAAAAGGAGGGGAAGGAGAGGAGGAAAACUGAUAGUGAAGAUUAGGAGCAGCAAACAAUAGAAAGGAAAUGACGUUGGGUAUAUUUCUGCCUCCUUGGCUUGUACUCUAAUUUUGUAC